AUGGAACCCGGCUGUGUGCGCACGGCAAUGGCCAUGGGGCUGACGUCGAAAAAGGCGUCCGCCCGGAGCAUCGGUGUGGAAAGAAAAAACCUCAUCACGGUGUGCAGGUUUUCGGUCAAGACCCUCCUGGAAAAGUACACCGCUGAGCCCAUCGACGAUUCGGCCGAGGAGUUCGUAAACUUCGCUGCCAUCUUGGAGCACAUACUUAGCCACCGCUUUAAAGGCUCUGCCAGCUGGUUUAGCUCAGAUGGACAGCGUAGCUUCUGGGAGUACAUUCGGAUGGCAUGUGGUAAGGUGCAGAACAACUGCAUCGCCAGUAUUGAGAACAUUGAGAACAUCAGCACAUCUCGAGCCAAGGGACGGGCAUGGAUUCGAGUGGCACUGAUGGAGAAACGUCUGUCGGAAUAUGUGUCUACUGCUCUAAGGGACACCAGGACAACCAGGAGGUUCUACGACGAUGGCGCCAUCAUGCUGAGAGAGGAAGCCACGGUGCUGACCGGCAUGCUCAUUGGACUGAGUGCCAUUGACUUCAGUUUUUGCCUGAAAGGGGAAACGCUAGAUGGCAAGUCACCAGCGGUGAUCGACUACACGCCCUAUCUGAAGUUCACUCAAAGCUACGAUUGCCUGAGCGACGACGAGGACCGGCGCAGCGUAGACAGCAGCAACAGCGAGGAGAGUGUCCCUGAGCAUCCUUACAUCCCGCUGGUCACCGACGAGGAGAGCUGGAGCAAUAAGUGCCGGAAGAUGGAGCAGCGAUUCAAGAUUGUAUAUGCCCAGAAGGGCUACCUUGAGGAGCUGGUUCGUCUUCGCGAGUCACAGCUCAAGAACGUGGAAACGGAGAACAAGCGUCUGAGGGCAAAAGUGGACGAGCUGUCAUCACAGAGUCAGCGUGAAAAGAAGGAGCUGGAGGCCGUCGUGCUGGAGCUGCAGGCUCAGCUCUCAUCUCUAAUGCCUUGUGACUCGUCCCACCUUGGAAAAAACCUUUCCAUCCCACUUAUCAACCAGUGGACCACUGUCACUGACCACCAGGGUGAUGUCAAACUCUUCCGCAGGAGGAGUUUCCAUAGUAUGGAGCAACUUUCUGCCGAGAUAAGCCUCAACUCGGACUCUCAGAGGACAGAUGAGAGGCAGAACGGUGAUGCCGCCUGGACUUCAGCAGGAAAAGACAACACGCCGUCCAUGUUGGGUCUUUGCGGCUCUCUGGCGUCACUGCCGAGUUCCAAGUCGCUGACCAGCCUCAAGUCCAGUGAGUGUCUCGUCAACAUCAGCGCCGAGCCUAGCCCCGCGCUUUCUCCCAGCUAG